UAAGAUGUCUCCAGACGCAAUUUAGGACCAUCAUGGCUUCAGUCCUUGUAUUCGAGGGCGCCGUCAUCCACUCUACGGAUCCUGAGCACCUUGAGAUCCUCAACAAUGCUACCCUUGUCGUCACUGACGGCCGCAUUACAGCCUUCAGCAAGUCUUCUGAAACCCACGAUGCGAUUCCUCGAAACGCCCAGAUUUACCGCCUGCCACCGGGAGACUUCGUCAUUCCCGGCUUCGUCGAUACGCACAACCAUGCUCCUCAAUGGCCAAUGCGUGGUCUCGGCCAGGGCCUCCACAUCCUGGACUGGCUCAAUGAAAUCACCUUUCCCGUCGAGGCGCGUUUUGCCGACCCCGCCUACGCUGCGAUGAUGUAUGAACACACUGUCGACGACUUCCUCCGCCAGGGCAUCACGACUGCUUCAUAUUACAGUUCUCGGCAUGCCGAGGGGACCAAGAUUCUAGCUGAUAUCUGUCAUAAGAAAGGCCAGCGUGCAUUUGUCGGUAAAUGCAACAUGGACCGGAACGCGCCAGACUAUAUAUGCGAAAAAAGCGCGUCGGAAUCGCUACGGGAAACGGAAGACUGCAUCCAGCACAUAAGGGGUCUGCCCGGAUGCGCCGAUGCUGACGGUGCUCUGGUCAAGCCAGUGGUUACGCCGAGGUUUGCUAUUUCCUGCUCGCCGGAGCUUCUCCAGGGUCUUGGCGACAUAGUGAAGCGCGAUAGUACUCUGGCGGUCCAGACUCAUUUCAAUGAGGCUCAGCAGGAGAUUGAUGCCACGACUGAGCUUUUCCCUCAGUUCAAUGGUCGCGAAUCCGAUCUGUACGAAAGCUAUGGGCUGUUGACCUCGAGGUCGAUCCUUGCGCACUGCACAAUUAUGACCGAUUACGAAAAAGAGAGGAUCUCUUCGUUACAGUGCGGCGUGGCACACUGUCCGAUCGCCAACAUGACUGUAGGCGGAGGCUUCAUGGUAGCGCCCGUGCGAGACUUCCUGCGUCGUGGGAUCAAGGUCGGCCUAGGAACAGACAGCGGCGGCGGUUGGGCAUCGCAGAUGCUGGCCGUUAUUAGGCAAGCGAUGAUCGCCUCGAAUGCGCGCGAGGUGUCAGAAGGUAUGGACAAGGCACUGGCAUUCGAAGAGGCGUUCUAUCUAGCCACGUUGGGUGGUGCAAGAGUCCUCUGUUUGGAUGACCGGAUUGGCAACUUCCAGGUUGGCAAGGAGUUUGACGCCGUCUGGGUGACUACGACGACUGGCUUGAAGUCGGCCAUGACUCCAAGAGAGGAGGGGGAUUCGCUCAGGAGGCUGUUUGAGAAGUACAUCAUGACCGGCGACGAUCGGAACGUAGCACAUGUGUUUGUGAAAGGCAGACGAGUGGCGGGGAGUAGAUGA